AUGGAUCAACUUAUCUCGGUCGUUAACGAGCUCCAUGACGCUUUCGCAAAUGUUAAGAUGAACAUCAAGCUCAACCUGCCGCAGAUCGCUGUGGUAGGGAGUCAAAGCUCUGGUAAGAGCAGUGUCCUGGAGGCAAUUGUCGGAAAGGACUUUCUGCCGCGUGGGUCUGGUAUUGUGACGCGCUGCCCACUCGUGCUGCAGUUGGUGCAGCUGCCAAAGGGGACAGAAGAGGAGUGGGGUGAGUUCCUGCACAAGCCCAACAAAAAAUUCUUCAACUUCGCCGAGAUCAACGAUGAGAUUCAGAACCGCACAGUGGAGGUUGCAGGGAAGUCCGCCAUCACGGACCGGCCCAUCAAUCUCAAGGUUUUCUCUAGCCACGUGCUUAACCUGACGCUUGUUGAUCUGCCUGGUCUGGUUAUGAACGCUGUAGGAGACCAGCCGAAGGAUAUUGACCGCCAGAUUAAGGAAAUGGUUACGCGCUACGUGUCGCCGGCGAACACCAUCAUCCUCGCUAUCUCUCCGGCGAACACCGACCUUGCAACAAGUGCCUCGCUUCGGCUGGCAAAACAGCUUGACCCAGAGGGAAUGCGGACGGUUGGUGUCCUGACAAAGAUCGACCUAAUGGACCGUGGCACGGACGCAUAUGACAUGCUCACCGGCAAACUGGUGAACCUUCGCCACGGCUUUGUCGGUGUGGUGAACCGCAGCCAGCAAGACAUCAACGACGCGAAGGGGAUGGCAGCUGCACGCGAGGAUGAGCGGGCAUUCUUCCACAGUCACCCAUCCUACUCCGCGAUUGCCGACCGGCAGGGCACAGAAUACCUUGCGCAGAAGCUGAACCACCUCCUCCUAGAGCACAUCAAGGCUGUGAUUCCGGACCUCAAAGUGCAUGUGGAUAAGCUGAUGGAGGGCGCACGGAGGCAGAUGGAGAAGUUUGGCAUGCUAGAGCAAGAAAAUAUGGACCCCAGCGCCACCAUGCUGUCGCUCAUCAAACAGUUUAGUGACGCCCUCAACCACACCAUUGACGGUGGUGCGACAGACGCAACGAAAGAAUUGUUGGGUGGUGCUCGACUCGACUAUAUCUUCAAUGAAUGUUUUGCCGCCUACGUCAACGGUCUCACAGCGUCGAAGGAUCUAACAGAUGAGUAUAUUCGCAUUAAUACACGUAACAUGUCAGGCAUGCACGCCACAUUAUUUCCCUCCGAUCAAGUCUUCGUCGCACUCUCGAAGCAGCAGAUCAGCCGCCUCGAGGAGCCCUCGCAGAAGUGUGUGCAGUUCGUGUACGAGGAGCUCAUCAAGAUUGUAGACAUCUGCGCGUCGAAACUGGAACGCUUUCCGAAAUUGAAACAUGCAGUUGUUGAAAUAUGCCACAAGUCGUUGCAGGAGUAUCGUGUGCCGACUAGCUCACAUGUGAGGACUAUUAUCGGGGCAGAGCGUGGGUUUAUCAACGUGAAGCACCCACUGAUGGAGGAGCUGGCACAGAGGGCCUUUUUGAAGAUAUUCGGCACUGGUACAGACGAAAAGGGACACCCCCAGCCGCACGCAGCCGCGGAGGUGGGAAAGGACAAAGUAAAGAGGGGCCUUGUCGAGAGCAUCGUGAGUCAGGGGGAGAAGACAAACAUGGGUGCGGUGCCGACGACUAUCAUGCUGGGGAACAAGAUGUCGGCGCACGAGCAGCACAUCAACAACGCCAUUCGCGAGAUGGUGGAGGGCUACUUCACUAUCGUGAAGAGCUCCGUCGCUGAUCAGGUGCCGAAGGCCAUCACGCUGCUCAUGAUCUCUAAGCUGCGCGAGGAAGUAUACGCGCGGCUGGUGCGCAACCUCUACUCCGACAAGGCGGUGGACGACCUCCUCGCCGAGUCGCCGGAGGUGGCGACGCAGCGCAAGGCAACGACAACGAUGAUGAAGGCUCUUGUAAAGGCUCAGGCAGCGCUGGAGAACGUGCGGGAAUUCACACUUGUGAAGGACUAG